UCGAAAAUUGAUAUACGUAGGAAGUGACCGUGACCUAAUAAACGAGUCAUAUCACAGAGCCGCCAUUUUUUUCACCUGUGUAAGAUUUUAGGCCACACAGAUGCAGUCCUAGAAAUGUGGCUGUUAGCAAUAACCAUGGCUGUCCUGUGGACGUCUGUCAACACACAGGACAGGAAAACCAUCAUAGAGAACACCAGUGGGUACAAAAUGGAGAGGGCACCAAUUUAUAUGGUCAUGACACCAAAUGUCGUAAGACCUAAUGAAGUUAUCCAGGUAUUUGCAACAAUAUUAAGAAUGAAUGAUUAUCCCUACCUUGAUGUGAAAGUAUCAAUAGUACAGGACAAGGUGGCUUAUGCAGAAAUUACAACAAAGUUUGAGAGGCCCGGCAGUCGGCUCAUGCAGAUGAAGAUGCCUUCAAACUCGCAGAAAGGUCACUAUCGACUCCGAGUGGAGGGCAAAGUGGGGGAUUCAGGCAAUGUGUUCUUCAAUGAAAGUGACAUUGGGUUUGAUUCCAAGCAAGCGUCUGUGUUUAUACAACUUAGUAAACCAAUCUACAGACAGGGACAGAACGUGUCAUUCCGAGUUCUCCCCAUUAAGCAGAACAUGAUGCCAAAGUAUGGCAGUAUGACUAUAUAUGUCAAGGACCCCACAGGUUACCCAGUGAGAAGGUGGUUGGCCGUACAAACUAAUGCUGGAGGUAUCGUCAGUCAGAGUUUCAUGCUCUCGGAUCAGCCAAAUUAUGGGAACUGGUCCAUACAAGUUGAUGGAUAUGGCUUUACAUAUUACAAGUAUUUUCAAGUAGAAGAAUUUUGGGAUCCUAGAUUUGAUGUCAACGUAACUGUGAAAUCGUACAUGAUGGAAAAUGUCAAAACUGUGGGCGGAAUCAUUAUGGCCAACAUGACAACUGGUAAACCAAUAGAAGGAAAUGCAUCAGUUCUACUGACUGUGACGGAACCGACCCCACAGCAGACCGAUGUCUUCGGUAACAACAACAAUGUAUUUGUGAAUAACUUUGUUCCCAGGACCUUUACCAUACAGAAAGCAUUUGGAUAUGUGAAUGGGCCGAUCAACUUUGACUUUAAUAUGGAUGAAAUAAGGACAAGGUUGCGCAGUGAGUUUGGACUGUACAAUGGAUACGAUGGUGUGGAACUGCGUUUCAAUGCCACUGUGUAUGACUGGUUCUUCAGAAUGACGAGGUCGGGAUAUGCAAGCACAAUAUUAUUUAAAUCAGGGGUCAAGCUGCAGUGGGUGGGGGACCGAGUUCGUACAUUUAAACCAGACAGUGUUCUGACCGUUCAGGUUGCUGUUAUGAAAUAUGAUGGCACCCCUGUUUCCAGCAGCAGCAAAGUGAGGCUGUCUUUGAGUCCCACGUACGUAACGUCAGGUUCUUUUCCUUACUCAGCCUCCGCCAAAUCCCCCAGCGGAGGAAUUGCUGAAUUCCAGAUCACAAUGGAUAAUGCUCUAAAGAGUUUAACGAUUCAAGCCACUUGGGAGGGAGAUGCCACCACCCCUAUGAUCGAUAUGAUGGCCUAUCGAUUUUACUCACCAAGCAAUAGAUACAUCACAUUGUCAACAUCUACAAAGAACCCCAAAGUCAAUACGUACAUGCUAUUCCACGUCAAAACGAGCUUGUAUGUUCCCAGGAUUUAUUACCAGGUUGUUGGAGGAGGCAAUAUUCUGGUGGGAGAGGAGCUGGAAAUGAUCUCGCGUAGGAAGUCCUUUGCUAUAGCUCUUUCUCGAGACAUGGUGCCCACAGCUCGAGUGGUAGUGUACUAUCUAUCAGGACAGCCGGAGGAAAUUGUCGUUGAUUCGUUAACUUUCUUCGUAGAUGGUACUGGUAACAACAAGGUUGGAGCAACUGUAAAUCGUGGAAAAGACUUUACACGAGAUACAGUGGAAAUCUUAGCCACGGCUGACAAAGGUGCUUACAUAGCGUUCGCAGCUAUCCCUCUGGAUCUGUACAAACGAGGACUCAAUGAUGGGCUUAACCACUGGACAAUAAUCGACGAGCUAAAUACCUAUGAUUCUGGACGAAAGAGUUGGCAGCACCUGUGGAGAAUGAGUGAAGUAGAAUACCAGUACAAAUUCUACACUGCCAGUGGCCAUGGCAUUGAUGCCAACACAACAUUCAGGGAUGCAGGGCUGUUGGUCAUGUCUGAUCUUACAGUCAAUCGAGUCCCUGUAACUAGCACUGAAUUAAAAUGCCUGGAAGACCCUGAGUAUUUACCUUGUUUCACCGGAACAUCAUGUUACCACAUCAAUGACACCUGUAACAUGAUUAAAACAUGUACACAAGAUUGGGCCGAUGAACAAAACUGUCCUAUGGAGGAUCCACGUCACAAUAACUUGACCCUGAACAUGAUCAACAGAGUCAGUCGGGUGCUGAGGUUUUAUGAAGACAGUUCUUGGGCAUGGAAAGAAACUUUUACAAAGCCUGAUGGUGAAGUGGACUUCAGAGUAACGGUACCCAAAUAUCCUCUUACGUGGGUCAUUCACGGAGCAUCCAUGAGUCGGGACACAGGUCUCGGGAUCCAACCAAAGCCUAUACAGUAUGAUGCGACUCGGUACAUGUACAUCAUCGUGGAGUGUCCAGAGCACAUCAUCCGAGGAGAACAAGUGGGCGUGAGAGUCACGGUGUUUAACUACUGGUUCGGGGAUGAGUUCAUAGAGGUGUUGGUGACUAUGGAGGGCUCACCUGACUAUGACUCUGUCCUAGUUGGAGAUGAGGGCUUUGUACAGUCAUAUGCGCCCAGAAGGCACAAUGGGGACCACCAAACUAUCGUUUUUCUGGAACCUGGGGAAUCAAAGGAUAUCUUUAUGCCAAUUGUCCCCAAUAUGGUGCAGGGCAAUUUAACCUUCACAGUUAGUGCAUGGUGUUUCCUGGAGCGAGACAUUGUCAGCAAGACCAUUUACAUUACGUCUGACGGAGUAGAAAACUUUUAUCAUACUCCUUACCUGAUAGACAUGAUUACAUCAGGCUCCAUGAUUAUCCCCGAUCUGAAAGUGAACGUCUCGGAUCAGUUCAUUGUUCCCGAGCAGCGUUACCACCAAUAUGUUCCUGGGUCGCCCAAAGGGCAGGUCACUGUGUUUGGCGACGUAGUGACCCCUGGUUUCUUUAGAGAAUUCCCCACAGCAGAGGACAUCUUGUACAGACCUUAUGGAUCUGCAGAAAUGAACAUGUUUAAUUUUGCAUACAAUCUCCUGACCCUCAAAUUCAAAAAGGCCAACCAACAGCUCAGCAAUGAUGUUCUUCAGACAUCCCUCAAAUACAUGAAUAUAGCUUUACAAAGACAGAUGGGAUACAUGAAUGAGGAUGGUUCUUUCCGUAUGUUCAGAGAUGAUCACAAACCUAGUGUGUGGCUGACAGCUUUCGUGGCAAAGACGCUAUUUCAAGCAAAGUUUGGUGAGUGGGAGAAGGAGUUCUUCAUUCCCCUGGAGCUGAUUAACAAAAUGGUUCUCUGGUUGUGUAGCCAGCAGCAUAAUGUGACAGGGGAGUUCAAUGAGCUGCCUGGAGUCCCCGUGUAUGAUCGGAACUUUGGAUCUCUGAAUGAGGCCAUUGAGAAUGGCACGUUACGAGCACAUCCUGUGCCUUUGACAGCUUACGUCCUGAUCGCCUUGUAUAAGAUAAAAGAUACAUCUAUGGAAUCCCAGAGCUGUAUGGAGAAGGCCAAACAGAGAGCCUCCGAGUACCUGUCUCAACAGGUGUCCAAAAUCACCGAAGUAUUCCAUUUAUCAAUCACUUCUUAUGCUUUGUCUCUCGGUAGUACGAGAAGUCGUUCUGUGUUCGAUCAGCUGUGGACCCAUGUAUAUACAAAACCUGAACAUUACUUUUCUGACUCACCAAUCAGAGAAAACCCCUCAAGGUAUGUCAACACUGUCUUGUACCUGUUGCCAAGGCUACCCCUGAUCAACGAUGGCUAUGCUGUUCAGUCUACAGGGUAUGCCUUGCUAGCACACAUCAAUCACUACGGAGCCACCACAAACACAGACAGUACCAGUGGACUGAUCAAAGAACAGAGAGAUUCCAUGAUGAAAUGGUUACAGACCAUGAGGAACACUUUUGCUGCCUUUGCAUCCACCCAGGACACUCUGGUAGCUAUGGAUGCACUGUUCGAGUUCACCCUGGUUGACCCUAACAGGAAUGUGUUCAGCAUGGAUCUGAAAUUGGAAUCGUCUGCUUCCCCCGACUGGAGGGAUGAAUUCAUGAUGACCAAAGAAAACUACACAGAAAUGCAGGAAACCUGGCUGCCCAAAGUGUUUGGUCAAGUUCGAGUUGCUGUGAAGGGAACAGGAAGAACUUUGAUUCAGCUGACAACAACAGUCAAUGUAGAAUAUGUCUGGCAAGUCCGAAAUCCUGUCGACUCAAUACAGUUCUUCCUCCUAGACAACUACAAUAUUGAGUUCAGUGGGAGGAAUUUCUCCACAAUCAGAAUGACACCUUGCGUCAGCUGGGUGUAUGAAGCUCGCAGCAAACAGUCUGGUUUGGCGGUUUUGGAAGUUGACAUUCCCUCCGGAUAUGUGAUUAUGAAUGAUACCUUACGAGCCCUUGUUAAUAACCCUACUUCACCAGCAAAUCUCAAGAGAGCUGAAUUCUAUGCUAGAAAAGUGGUCUUUUAUUUUGAAUAUCUUGAUCAGCGACAGACUUGCGUGGACUUGGAGGCCCACAGAUGGUACCCGGUCGCUAAUAUGACCAUUCAGCACAAGAUCAGGGUCUAUGAUUACUAUGAACCAGGCAUGCACAACACGACACUGUAUUCUACAUACAGUUUGUUUAAUCUCAACGUGUGCUAUGUGUGUGGUUCAUACCAAUGUCCGUAUUGUCCCUUCUUCAAUGUCGGUGCAGUAAUUAAAGCCAGCUUUACGUUAAUUUCACUCAUCAUUGGAUUUGUUCUACAAAGAUACAUGUUGCGGACUUCCUAGCAGUGAAACUUUUACUGUGUGUGACUUGACUCAAAUCAUUCCAUUGUAAUACGACAAAUGAUUUUGGAUCAUUCCUAAUCCAAUAAUAGGCAUAUUUUCCUCAUAGAAUCAGGAGAAAUAAGUUUCACAUACCCAGUUCUAUGUUUAAUAUGACAACAUAUCAGUUUUUGUUUUUAUAUAGAAAUAUUGCCAUUUCCCCAUUUAUGUUUUACACAUCUGUACAAUUUAUGAAUUGGUCGGAGAUAUUUUCUCAAAGUUACAUAUCAAGAAAAGGUUGUGUGUGUAAUUGUGAUUUAUAUUGCAUUAAUAUGGCAAGUGUUUAAAGCAUUUGUGACUACUCGUGCAGAGAAAGCAGUUGUAUAAACAAAUUGCUAUCUUGACAUAUAUCAAAGUGCCAUAGCAUCUCCUAGAAACUAGCAGUCCUGAUGUUACAAAAUGACUUUUCUUAAUUUGUCAAUAGAUAAUUGUCCACAGAAAGAGAUACGGCCAUUUGAUGAAUUCCAGGUUAACACAUGUUCUUGCUUGAUAGUGUUUCUAAGCUAAAAUAUCAUGGAUCUCAAUCCUAUAAAAGAAAAGUUAUCAUAUAAAUGAAAAGUUAUCAUUCCAAUUUUUGUUAUCUUUAAAGGGAAGAGAACUAGCUUUUAUCUUUACAUUGCUUAAUAUUGAUAAUCAAGUUUAGAACACCACAUUUUACAUACAUAUCACAUACAUCAUAGAUUAGUGUUAAUCGUGAUAAUUUAUCAAAUAGAUAGUGUCUUUCUUCUUCCAUAUUGGUGAUUAUUCAGUGAAAUAUAUUUUAACAUGUGAUUUGAAGACAUCAUUUUGUAUUAUUCUAGAAUGGAUGCUUUUUUUGUAUAUUUUUUAUGGAAGUUACAUGUCAAUAUUGUUAAGUGUGUUACAAUUUUUGUACUCUGGAGUAUGAAAUGCAGGUGUUGUGAGAGAGGAAAUGUGAUUAAAAUUUACAUGUAUUCCAUGCUUUUAUUACAUAUUAUUGUGCAACAGUCUACCUGUAAUGAAUUGCAACUCUACAGGUAGCCCUUUCUGACUGUUGUACACAUUUGGACAUUAGUGAAUGUGAACUUUUCCAGGUCCUAGACUAUAUGCAAUCAUUCUUUUCAUGAAUAUUAUUUUUAUAGAUUAAGUGUGGAAUGAAUGUCUAUAUCAUAUGUAUAGUUCAUUAUUUUCUACAAAGGAUGAACAGUCAUUGUGAAUAUCAUUAACAAAUUCUGUAUAUAUAUAUAGAACUCUCUGUAAAUUACAUUUUUGUAACUGUAUACACAUUUAUUUGUACAUAGAUGUACACUAACUUUUUAUAUGCAGUAUAAAAUAAACUGUAAUUCUAUAAUAUA